GGGCAUUUACAAGGUCUGCAGAGAUCUCUGCUCGAAGUUAAGCUGCUAAAAUUCACAGAGAUGCCUUUCUUGGGUUCAGCAGGUCUCAAGACUCUUUACAAUUCUUGUCUCAGACCCUGGAACUGGAGUGAUUCAAGAUAUGAGAGCUGGAGAGAGCUUGCUAAGGUUCUGUCAGACCCCAGUGCCCCAGGGGGGGACACAAGCCUUCAGCUGGACUAUCCUCAGAGGCUGGGACACCAGGUCCAAGAGCUGCAAAUAGGUGGGAGGAAUAAAUCAAAUUAUGCAGCUGUUGGCAGCCCUGUCCCAUGGAUGCCAGAGUUCCAGGGCCAGGCCAACCUGCAUGUGUUUGAGGACUGGUGUGGCAGCUCCAUCGAGCAGCUCAGGAGAAACCUGCACUUCCCUCUCUUCCCUCAUACAAGAACUAUGCUGAAGAAGUUGGCCGUGUCCCCAAAAUGGACCAACUAUGGUCUCCGGAUAUUUGGUUACCUGCAUCCUUUCACUGAUGGGGAGUUUCAGUUUGCCAUUGCUGCAGAUGACAACGCUGAGUUCUGGCUGAGUGCAGAUGAAAAGCCCUCUGGUGUGCAGCUGUUGGCCAGCGUAGGCAAGACAGGGAAGGAGUGGACGGCACCAGGAGAGUUUGGGAAAUUUCACAGCCAGAAGUCAAACAUGGUGAGGUUGUCAGCAGAGGGCAGGUACUACUUUGAGGUGCUGCACAAGCAGGAUGACAGAGGAACAGACCAUGUGGAAGUAGCAUGGAGACUGAAUGAUCCAGAAGCAAAGUUCAAAGUCAUUGACUCCCAAUAUCUCUCCCUUUUUGCUAAUGAGACGCUUCUGAAGAUGGAUGAGGUUGGGCACAUCCCGCAGACGCUGGCCACUGGCAGGAGCUGGGCUGCUGGCAGCACUGGCAGCAGGGUACACCCAGCUGACAUGCUGAAGCCUGACCCCCGGGACACUCUUUAUGAAGUGCCUCUGCUCAGCAAGUCCCGCGUGCGCCGGGCCCUGCCCGACUGCCCCUACAAGCCCAGCUACCUGGUGAAUGGAUUUCCUCUGCAGCGCUACCAGGGCCUCCAGUUUGUUCAUCUAUCCUUUGUUUACCCAAAUGAUUACACCCGCCUGAGCCACAUGGAGAAAGACAACAAAUGCUUCUACCAGGAAAACCCUUAUUAUUUGGAAAGAUUUGGGUUUUACAAGUAUAUGAAAAUGGAUCGGCCAGAGAAGAGCCUGGAUUCUGGAGAAAGGACAGAGCAGCCAGGCUCCCAGGAGGGGAACGUGGAUGAGCUGCAGUACGAGGAGCAGGAUGUGGAGAGCACCAAUGCCCCUGAGCAGGCUGGCACAGGGAGGGCAGGGCCAGCAGGCAAUGUCCCCAGCAGUGUGCUGGGCAGUGACAACAUCCACCAGGACUAUUCCCUCCGGGAGCACCGCCGACUCCUCGCGGUCACGGGGAACGAUGCAGGAGAGGAGAUAAGGAGGAGGAGGACAAAAAGGUCUGGUAUCAAAUCAGCCAUGCUGGCCUCUACCAACCAAAGCCUCAGCCUGCCUGGCCUAGAGGGAAACCCUGUAACAAAGAGACCCCGUGUGAAAGCUGGAGUCAAAGACAAUUCCAGGAGCCCUCUGCAGCAUGCCAGGGCCAUCCAGGGGAGAGUGCCUGUCAGAAGGACAGUCCCUCCUUCUACGACUGUGUCUCAAAGGCAGCAGUCUCUUGGCCACCCCAGGGACUCAGGGGUCACAAUUCCCAGCAGGGUAGGACCUCGAGGAGACCUCAGCACCACAAAGGACAGGCUGCAGCCAGGAGGCACCAUGCCAGCUGGGAAAGGAAUCCCAGUCUCUGGCAGAGCUGGGAGACAGGCAGUGAGUGCUGCCAGCCCCAGCCAGCAGCCCGGGCUGCCGCAGUGGCUGAGCCAGGUGCAGUCCUACAUUGCUGAGCAGAAGGUGGCCAGCGAUGGGGAUGUCGGUGAAGGAGAGGCACAGGUGGCAUCUCCUUUGAAAGACAAGUCUGGAGGAGCAGCAGAGGAGGAAGAGGUGGAUGGGGAGCCAGACGAGGAAGAUGAGGAGGAUUUUGAUUACGUACCAGUGUUUGACCAGGCAGUGAACUGGGAGCAGACCUUCAGCAUGAACAACCUGGACUUCCAUAUGCUGCGCACAGACUGGAUUGACCUCAAGUGCAACACCUCAGGAAAUUUGCUGCUAAGAGAAAGGGAGGCCCUGGAAGUCACGCGUGUCUUCCUGAGGAAGCUCAACCAGAGGAGUAAAGGGCGCUUCCAGCUGCAGCGCAUCGUGAACGUGGAGAAGCGGCAGGACCGCAUGCGGGGCAGCCGCUACCUGCUGGAGCUGGAGCUGCUGGAGCAGGGCCGGCGCCGCGUCCGCCUCUCCGAGUACGUCUUUGCCCGCGGCUGGCAGGGCAGCAGCAGCCACGAGGAGGAUGAGAGGAGGAUGAGGAACCUGGUGUGGGGCCGCCGGCGGCGCCUGAUGGCCGCGGCGAAUGAGCCGGAGCUGUGCUGGCCCCAGGGGUUUUCCUGGAACCACCAGGCUGUGGUUCACUUCGUGGUGCCAGUGAAGAACCAGGCACGCUGGGUGCUGCAGUUCAUCUCUGACAUGGAAGAGCUGUUCCGAGUCACCAAGGAUCCCCACUUCAGUGUCAUCAUCACCGACUACAGCAGCGACGACAUGGAUGUAGAGAAGGCUCUGAAAAGGUCUACCUUGCACAGCUAUCGGUACCUGAAGCUGACAGGGAAUUUUGAGCGUUCUGCUGGGCUGCAGGCGGGGAUAGACCUCAUAACGGACCCGCACAGCAUUGUCUUCCUGUGUGACCUGCACAUCCACUUCCCAGCUGGAGUCAUCGAUUCCAUCAGGAAGCACUGCGUAGAAGGCAAGAUGGCCUUUGCACCCAUGGUCAUGAGGCUGCACUGCGGGAUGUCCCCACAAUGGCCUGAUGGCUACUGGGAGGUGAAUGGGUUUGGUCUCCUGGGCAUAUACAAGUCUGACCUGGACAAAAUUGGAGGCAUGAACACAAAAGAGUUUCGGGACCGCUGGGGAGGAGAGGACUGGGAGCUCCUCGACAGGAUCUUGCAGGCUGGGCUGGAAGUGGAGCGUCUCUCCCUGAGGAACUUCUUCCACUGGUUUCACUCCAAGCGGGGCAUGUGGAACCGGCGCCAGCUGAAGACACCGGUGUAGCCUCCAACCCCAGAGCUGUUUGGCAGCUCUGUCCACCAUCUCAUCCAGAUGUGCACUUUACUGGGGCAUGCAGCUGAGUGCCCGAACUCUUCCUCUGCCUCCAGAGACCUCUCUGAUGGCAUGGCUCAGCUGGGGAAGGGUGGUCAGGCUGGUGGAGCAGGAGCUUCUCUUGUCAGCUGCCGCGUGCGAGACGUGGGAUCCAUGUGUGGCUGGGAAGGUGUGUGGCAGAGGUGUCAAGGGAAACACCUGAAUUUCCUGCCAUGCAGUCUGCUGGAAGGUACAGUGGGAGAGGUGCUGUGCUUCCUGUUGAGUCUUGCACCAAGCAAACACAAAUCCCAGCUAAGCCUUGAAUGGUUUGUUUAGAGCGACGCAGCUUCUCUUUCAAAACUUGAAUGGAAAAGAAAAACAGAAAAGAAACCACAA